CAACAGAGCCUGCAGAGCGAGCGAAUAACAAUGAUGCCAUUAACAAACAGCGGGAGAAAAACGAAUGGUAUCGGCGCGUAAAUUAUAGUCUGACAGUCAAUAGCAGACAGAGAAGAGUGGUAGAUUUUACAGAAUAACGUCAAAUCAAGAUAGAGUAAAGCGGUGUGCUUCGUGGAUUCCCUACCAUUUUACCAGCCAGACAAGACACCCAAAGGCUACUCCCCAAGAACACCGUCUGCGCCAAGGAUGAGUUUACCAGCAUCUCUGGAUUAAUCGGACUCCACAGCCUACUUGCAAGCGCAAGUUCGCUGGCACUUGGAAGCAGACUAAUUCAACAGUGAGUGAAGAUGGAGUGUAACUUGCUGGGCUUGGGGUGGUGCAUGUUUUUUGCACUCGUUCUACACAGGUCGAGCUGCGCCGCGGCGAAGGAGCUACAAUGCCAGGAGAUAUCCGUGCCCUUAUGCAAAGGAAUCGGAUACAACUACACCUACAUGCCCAACCAGUUCAACCACGACACACAGGACGAGGCAGGGCUGGAGGUGCACCAGUUUUGGCCCCUGGUGGAAAUCAAGUGUUCUCCGGACCUUAAGUUCUUUCUCUGUAGCAUGUACACUCCUAUUUGCCUGGAGGACUACAAGAAGCCCCUGCCGCCUUGUCGGAGUGUCUGUGAGAGAGCCAAGGCAGGCUGCGCGCCUCUGAUGAGACAGUACGGGUUCCCGUGGCCAGACAGAAUGAGAUGCGAUUUAUUACCAGUGCAAGGUAACCAAGAUACACUAUGCAUGGACUACAACAGAAGCGCGACGACUGUUUCUCCAGUGGUUGCAAAGCCCACAAAUCGUCCUGUUAAACCAGUAAACCCACGAAAGAAGAAUGGACAAGGCCGUUCUAACGACCCCAGUAAACACAAACCUCCGAGUUCUCCAUGCGAACCCAAAUGUCACUGCCGCGCACCCAUGGUUCCAGUCAGCAACAGUAAUCCUCUAUAUAACAGAGUUAAAACAGGACAGAUACUCAACUGUGCCAUGCCUUGCCAUAACCCUUACUUCUCCCAAGACGAAAGGACAUUUACUGCAUUCUGGAUAGGACUAUGGUCCGUGUUAUGUUUUAUCUCUACUUUUGCAACAGUGGCAACUUUUUUAAUCGACAUGGAGCGUUUCAAAUACCCGGAGAGACCCAUUAUAUUCCUCUCUGCUUGUUACAUGUUUGUCUCGGUCGGCUACAUUGUCAGACUAAUUGCUGGACAUGAACAAGUGGCUUGUAACAUGGAGCAUGACAUCGAACACAUCCACUACGAGACCACCGGCCCUGCUCUUUGUACCAUUGUAUUUCUACUCAUCUACUUCUUCGGCAUGGCCAGUUCUAUUUGGUGGGUCAUUCUGUCUCUUACCUGGUUCCUGGCUGCGGGGAUGAAGUGGGGAAAUGAGGCCAUAGCCAGUUACUCCCAGUAUUUUCAUUUAGCUGCCUGGCUGAUACCCAGCAUGAAAUCAAUAGCUGUGUUGGCGUUGAGUUCAGUGGACGGUGACCCUGUGGCAGGAAUAUGCUAUGUUGGCAAUCAGAAUUUGGAUAAUCUCCGGGGCUUUGUUUUGGCGCCUUUGGUUAUAUAUCUGUUCAUUGGGACUAUGUUCCUCCUGGCUGGGUUUGUGUCACUGUUCAGGAUCCGGAGUGUUAUAAAGCAAGGAGGGACGAAAACAGACAAGUUGGAGAGACUGAUGAUCAGGAUAGGGAUUUUUACAGUGCUUUACACGGUCCCAGCCACUAUUAUAGUAGCCUGUUACUUCUAUGAGCAGCACAACAGACAGACUUGGGAAAUCACCCACAACUGUUCCUGCUUGUCGGAGCAUGAAAUGCAGAAGCCGGACUAUGCUGUGUUCAUGCUGAAAUAUUUCAUGUGCCUUUUGGUUGGCAUCACGUCCGGCGCGUGGGUCUGGUCGGGAAAAACUCUAGAAUCCUGGAGGACUUUUUGCACCCGCUGCUGCUGGGGAAGCAAGGCCACGAGCGGGUCAAUGUACAGUGACGUUAGCACGGGAUUGACGUGGAGGUCCGGCACUGCGAGCUCUGUCUCUUGUCCCAAACAGAUGCCAUUGUCACGGGUUUGAAAAGGAAGAAUGGACCACUAAUUGUGUUGGGAUUGUUCAUCAGCGUGUUCCAAUUAGCACAUUAACUAGCACCUAAUGAUUUUUGUUCUUGCAUAAUGAGACCCGCAGCCAGUUUAGAACCAUAUAAUCAGAAGAAUUAGAGGCUUUGCCUAAUUUUAACCUACAAAAUGAGCUUUUCAAAGAUGGUUUGAAGUAGGCUAUGCCUUAAUGUCUCAUACGGGUUUCGUUGGUGCUUAAUGUAUUUAUAUAAUUAUUGAUGUACAAACAUGUAAAUUUGUAUAUACAAUUUAUACGAGAUUGACAAUAUGUAUAAUUCACUUUGAUAGAAGAUCUUUAUUUUGAGAAUAAAACUACUUUUAUUACAUUUGUACCUGUGCGUCUUGAUAGUCAUUCUGCGCCAAAGCUGCGCACCACUCAAAUAUUUAGCAAAUGUAAUUUUUGCUUUUGUGUCUUCAUGCCGUGAUAAGACAUUUUUGGAUAAGUAGGCCUACACAACAGUUGGUUGUUGGGUUCCUUUUGGGUAGCAUUGGUGGAAAAAUGUAAACGUUUACACUUUGUAACGAACAGUGGUGCUUGGUUGUUGCGUUUCUUUUUGUUAUGGUGGGUAUCACGUUUACGUAUUCUAGAUGCAACCACAAGCAGUGGGGUACGAGAAGGAUUCAUAAAAACAUUAAAAUGGCAAUAAAAGCCCUACGGGUGGUCUGUUCGACUAAUCCUCUCUUGAGGGAACCCCUCUGCGCAACAAUUAUGUUACAAACGCUGCGUUCUCUGCCCCCAAUUAAUACUGAUGACCCAGUGAAACAUGUCACACUCUGACCUGCAUAUGAAUAUGAAAUGAUGGGGAUCCUACUACUAUUCCUAUUGAGGUUUGUGUGGGGCAGAGUUCCAGAUUCUCACCCUCUUACUGUCAAGAUGUCCUAGGCCUGAUAAUUAAGAUGUCAGACAGUGAGGGAGGACUGGGCUGCGUCCCAAAUGACACCCUAUUUCCUAUAUAGUGCACUACUUUUGACCUGAGCCACAUGGGCCCUGGUGAAAAGUAGUGCACUAUAUGGGGAAUAGGGGGCCAUUUGCGACUCAGGCUAGACCCCCUAGGUAACCCUCUGUGUUCCCAGUCUGGUCUCAUAGAUUAGACGUAACAUAGUACAUCUAAAUCCGGGACACUCAAAUUAGACACAGUGUGUGGUCGAUUUUCUGUGUAUCUGACCAUGAAAGCACUUAAACAGCUGGCUUAUCUUCUUAACAAGCAUAAAGAAACUAUUGCAUUUGAAAACUGCAAAUAGGACAACUGCUUGUUGCGAACACACUUGUUUUUAGAGAGGCCCAAGCCUUCAAAAAUGAGGCCUGUGUUUACUUUAACAAAGUUAAACAGUGUGUUUACUGUUUUAGCCAAUAUCCA